UCUUCAAAAGUUAACAAAGAACAAACGAUUCGUCAAUUCAGAAGCGUAACAAAUGCAACGCAAAAUGACGCUUCUCGUUUAUUAAAACAGAACAAUUAUAGACUGGAAGCUGCGAUCGAUGCAUUCUAUUCUGAUGAAGUCGCUUUGAACAAUGCAUCAAAAACAUCAACCAAUUCAACUUCAGCAAAAAGCGAAAAAGAGACUAGAGAGAAACUGGGAAAAUUGUUCGAUACAUGGAAAGAUGAAGAUGAAGGUGAGAUCACAAUGGAGGGAGCGAUGUCCAUGUUGGAAGAUUUGAAAAUGUCACCAGAAGAUGCAGUGGUACUGCCAUUAUCAUUCUACCUUCGAUCACCUUCUCUCGGCUCGUUUCAAAAAGAACAUUUUAUCGAAGGAUGGAAGUCAAUAGCGGGAUCUAAAAAGUGCGAUUCGAUAGAAGCACAAAUAAAACUUCUGGAGCAGUUACGGGAAGAUUUGAAAACUGAUGCACCCGUUCGUGGUGAUCGUGCGAGCGAGAGCAAGCAAGGCCUAUUCCACCGAACGUAUGAAUUUACCUACACUUUCGGUCGACCUGAAGGACAAAAAAGUUUACCAUUGGCAAACGCAUUGGCUUUUUGGGAUCUACUCAUUCCAUAUGCACCAUCUUUUGGCACUUCUUCUGAAAGUUUUACUUUACGACAGUUUAAUCUAUGGAAAACCUUCUUGCAAGAGAAAGGUAAAGGUAGAGCGAUCAGCAAGGAUACAUGGAUGUUAUUCUUGGAUUUCACAAAAGAGAUCGACUCCGAAUUUCAGAAUCACGAUUUUGAUGCCGCAUGGCCAAGUCAAAUUGAUGACUUUGUUGAAUGGGCAAGA